AUGGCCAACACCCCGAAUACCAGCACCGGCGUUGAGGAUAUAGAAACAUCAACCUCGUUAACCGAGCUCACUCGUUGCGAAGGUCUAUGGUAUGAGGACGGCAGCAUUGUGCUCGCAUCCGAAGGGGUUGGCUUCCGGGUCUAUCGGAUGCUCCUAGCUCAAAACUCAUCUGUCUUUGCGAAUAUGCUCGCCAUGUCUUCGCCCGAGAGUAACAUUGAUCCCUCGUACGACUGCCCAAUUGUUCACAUGCCGGACUCUGCCGCCCAACUGCGUUAUCUUCUCCUGGCACUUCACGACGUUAGAGCCACUGAACGCUUGAAACGCGCGCCGUUCAUGGAGACGAUAGCCGUCGCCUCGUUGGCGGCGAAGUACGAAAUUGGCCACCUUCUCGACAGCGCGGUGGAGCGCUUCGCAUCCAUGUAUCCCACGUCAUUCAACAAAUGGGUAACCACACGUGGAACCCCCGUGACUCCUGUGCUAAAGCCAGGCCAACAUCAUGCCGCACUGCAGUUGGCGCAUCAGCUGCAGAUGAGCCAUCUGGUGCCCGUGAUACUCCUCGCAAUGUGCUACGGAGGCGUCCGCAGCAUCUUGAGAAGCGGCCUGCCACCUCACGACCUAGAGGUGUUGCUCCUGGGCUUUACAAAGCUGCAGGUGAUGCAACGAACCCAUACCUUCCGAUGGUUGUAUCGGCCGGUGGUGAGAUGCACUGCUCCUGCUUCGUGCAACCGCAGGAGAGCGGAGAUGUCCUUGCUCAUGGAAAAGAUGUUCAGUUGCGACAAGCUCUACGUCUUUGAUCUAUCGCUGGAGCAAUUCAGCGUGCCGCUGUCUGAGGUGUUGUGUGACCGGUGUGUCACGGAUGCUUUCAGGACUCAAAAGGCUGGACUGGAAAGUGCUUGGGAGGACUUGCCCUCCGUUUUUGGCAUGGAAACGUGGCAUAAGCUGGGGGCCAAGUGA